AUGAACAAUAACCACAAACCAGUAAAACCAGUAAAGGUCCAGGACUGCGCCGCACAGACGUUUGUUUAUCUUCUGAACAAACUCGAACCCUCUGGACUCGCUCCUGACUCUUUUCAUCAUCGGCAGAUUUACGGUCACCGACACGCUCGGCUGCGACGCCAGUUAGCGUCUGUCAAAGCCAACAAUUUCUCCUCAGCUCAACUCGGGGCCGAGUCCCCGCCAGAGAGAGGUGCAUUGUGGGUAAAGGCUCACGGUGACAUCACUGGAAAGUGGCUUGAUGAGUUUGAAGCAGCUGCAGAAACAAACACACACACACACACACACACACACACACACACACACACAUGGGUUCUGGUUUUCAGCACAUGUGAAACUCUAGUGUGGGACCAGAGGAGGAGGUGCUGCAAACUGGACAGUUAACUGGUUUUUAAUUGUUGUUUUUAUUAUUAUUAUUAUUAUUAUUAUUAUUAUUAUUUAUUAUUAUUAUUAUUAUUAUUUAUUAUUCCUGUAUUUCAGUAUCUUCUGUCUUAAAUCUGACUCAGACGGUGAAUCUGCUGGUUCUGCCCGUCAGUCUUACUGUACAGUACUUCAUUACCCUGCCUCCAGAACAUGAGCUCAGACUGAAACCCGAGCUCUGUUCUGCGGUCGCUGACGUUCCUCUUAAUGAGGAUUCCUCCAGAGGUGUGGAUCACGUGGGUUCACACCUCCAGGAUCAGAAUUACAGAGAGUUACGGAUCAGACGGGAGAGUCCGAGACAAACGAAACAAACAUCACACACUCAAAUCUGCAGAGUUCAAUAUAUAUAUAUGUGUGUAUAUAUAAAUAUACAUAUAUAUAUAUAUAGAACCUCUAAUCUAAGAUAAGCAAAGAUGAGCUGUUUAGUUUCCUAAUUUCUUCUUAUUUCUGUUCUCCUUCCAUUUGUUUUUGUAAGUGUUAAACUGUAAAACCCCCACAGGGAUAGAUAAAGUAUUCUGGUUCUGGUUCUGGUUCUGGUUCUGGUGGUCCACAAACUCAGCUGAUGGAUGCAGCAGCACCACCAUGAAGCACAUGAAUGAGAACUAUCAUGAAGUCCUCUGAUUGGAUGGACAUGAAUAACAAACGUGUGUGUGUGUGUGUGUGUGUGUGUGUGUGCGUACCUGUCUAAACUUCUGCGCUGUGAUUGGCUGACGACCUUUCUCACCAUUGGACAGCUCGGACCGCCUCCAGCGCUCUGUGAGUGGAUUCAGACUUUGUGUUUUUUAUUUUCUCUAAAUUACAGAAUAAAUUCAAUAAACCGCUCAGAUGGAUCCUGAUGUGUAAAUAAGAUUUUUAAACUUUAUUUCGUUAAUUUUAUUAGAUUUCUUUAGCAGCACCGAGUCACAGAAAACACUGAAAUGUCAAAGACGUCAGAUCAGACCUGUUUCUGGAUUUCUGAUUUGAGGUUAAAUCUGAUUAUUAGUCUGUUUUUAAUUCCCUCUAUAUCAGGAUAAAUUUGACCCGUUUGUGUAGAUUUGGACAUUUAAAAACAAUCGUAUAAUAAUCUUUAAAGAUGUUUUUUUACAGUGAGCAGAGUGUGGACCCUCAUAUAUCCAGACCCUGAUGAGUCCAUGUUUGAGUCUCUCUUCCUUCCUGUUCAGGUCAGAGGAUCAUAAAUCCCGCCAUCAUCACCGCCCUCGCUUCAAUCACUGAACCUUUUGUCUGCCAGUCUUUGAACUGA